GUUUUGUACAAGCACAUCAACUUCGCAUUUCCUUCUAAAAAAUUAUAUAAAGGAGUUCGGGAGUUUCCGUUUAUUCAAUUAUAGUUUCUAUGGGAACAUUUUUAAUUGAAAGUGUUUUUAAUAUUAUUGUGAUUAUAUUGGUUAAUUAAAAAUUUAUUGAUUAGGAACACGUUAACUUUAUUUUAAUGUUAAACACCAUCGAUAGUGGGUGAUUUGUUAUACACUUGUGGUUUCUUUCAAAUAAUUUGAAUACACUCAUGGUUUUUUCAUAUAUCAAUUCGGAACGGCAUAAAAUGGAACAGCAGAAUGGGAAAGAAUCUAAUUCGCUUUCUAUUGAAUCUGAAAGAAUUGGAUCGGCUGGAAGUUCCAGGCGUUCCAGUCGCGAAAACGGUGAUAAUUCGAAUGGUUCUCAAAGCACACUUCAAGAAAGAGAAUCAACACCUAAAACAACUAAUAACUUAUAUGCACCAACCGCUAAAUUCAGAUCACAAUCUCUAUUCAAUAUAAAUAAAUUCCAUAAAACUAUAUCUAUGUUCGACGAAACUCAUUUGAAUGGAAUCGAAGAAAACCCCAGAGAGAAAAGUUAUAGAAGAGGAUCUUUGCCAACAGAUCAAUCUAGAACCAAUAGUGCGACAGUUAAAGAUGCAUUUGGACCACAACUAAAUGAUGACUCUCAAAUGAAUCUACCUGGUACACCACUGCCAUCUCUAGUUCAAGACAGCGAAGACUUUUUAGACAUAUCCACACCUGCAACUCCAGUCGAAAAAGAACAAAUUCUGGAUCCAGAAAGUUUAUAUUUCCGAGACGGCCGUAGAAAAAUAGAUAUGGUACUAGUUUAUGAGGAAGAAGAAUUAGGUGUAAUGACUGAAGCUGAAGCAAAAAGAAGAGAUAGAAGAAAAACGUUUCAGGAAAAUAUAGUUAAAGAAGGUCUAGAAUUAGAAUUAGAACAUAAGGAUUUAUCAUUCGAUGGAAAAACUUGGUUUUUGAAAAUCCAUUUACCUUGGAAAACGAAGACACGAUAUGCAGCUCUAAUGGGAAUGAAAUUGCCUAUCAAAAGAUUUAUAACAAUAUCAGUGAAAGCAUGGGACGACAAAAGGGAAAUGGGGAAAGCUGAGACAAUGUAUUCGAAAUGGCAGAAAAAAUGGAAACAAUGUUUUGAAUUUAAUCACGAUUUAAUCAAUAAAGAACCGUCUUUUUAUGAUGCUACAGAAGGGGGAGAUAGAGAAGAGCAGUUUGUAGUAAAGGAUCGAGUAACAGAAUAUUCUAGCGCUCAAAGGAGUCUAAUUGUUAUGCAAAUUUUAUUGAGGGUCAAAUUUGAUGAUACAGAUAAAGUAGGUAUCAGAAGGCUUUUGAAUGAUUAUACGUACUACGCUUGUUUUCCAUUACACGAAGGACGAUGGGAUAAAGAUACCAGUGAUGGAAAAAUCUUAGAUAGGAGGUUAUUAUAUUUGGAAUGGGCUAGACCAGCCAAAUGGAUGAAAAGACAGCCACUAAAUUUAGUUAGAAAAUAUUUUGGAGAUAAAAUAGGUCUCUAUUUUUGUUGGUUGGGUUAUUAUACUAAAAUGUUGUACGCUCCUGCAAUAGUAGGGACACUAUGUUUUUUAUACGGUAUAUUCACCAUAGACGGCGAUGACAAUAUACCCACUAAAGAAAUUUGUGAUAUAAAUGGACCUGGCAACAUAACAUUAUGUCCAAUGUGUGAUAAAGCUUGUAAAUAUCAAAAAUUAAUAGACAGCUGUAAAUUUGCUAGAUUGACUUAUUUAUUCGACAACCCUGCUACUGUCUUCUUUGCUAUUUUCAUGAGUCUAUGGGCUACAGUUUUUUUGGAAAUGUGGAGAAGAAAACAAAGUGUAAUACAAUGGGAAUGGGAUCUUCAAGCAACCGAUCAGGAUGAAGAGCCUAGACCAGAAUUCGAAACAAGUGUCAAAACUUUUAGAACUAACCCUGUAACUAGAGAUAAAGAGCCGUAUUUACCAGCAUGGACAAGAGUAAUGAGAUUAGCAAUCACUGGAUCUGUUGUAUUUUUUAUGAUUGCUGUAAUUUUAUGUGCCGUAUUGGGAACAAUAAUUUAUAGACUGUCGCUUGUUUCGGUGAUAUAUGGAAGUAAAAAUUUUUUUAUGAAAAAACAUGCCAAAAUUGUAACAUCAGUAUCCGCCGCCGUUAUAAACCUUAUAAUUAUCAUGUGUUUAACGAGGUUUUACCAUAGACUAGCAAUAUAUUUAACAAAUUUAGAAAGUCCUCGAACUCAAACCGAAUAUGAAAACUCUUAUACCUUCAAAAUAUUCUUUUUCGAGUUCAUGAACUUUUAUUCAUCGUUGAUUUACAUCGCAUUUUUCAAGGGUAGAUUUUACGAUUAUCCAGGUGACACUGUAACCAGGCAAUCAGUGUUUUUAAGAGUCAAAGGCGACAUCUGUGAUCCAGCUGGUUGUUUAAGCGAACUCUGCAUUCAGCUAUCAAUUAUUAUGAUAGGCAAACAAAUUUUUAAUAAUUUCGUUGAGCUUUUCAAUCCUGCAUUUUAUAACUGGUGGCGAAUGAGAACUCAUAAAUCUAAUACUAAAGACUUAACAAGGAAACAUACUAGGUGGGAAGAAGAUUAUCAUUUACAAGAUCCAGGAAGGUUGGCCCUAUUCGAUGAAUAUUUGGAAAUGAUUCUUCAAUAUGGUUUCGUCACUUUGUUUGUAGCAGCCUUUCCUCUCGCUCCAUUAUGUGCCUUGUUAAAUAACAUAGCGGAAAUACGAUUGGACGCUUAUAAAAUGGUUACCCAAGCUAGAAGACCUUUAGCUGAAAGGGUAGAGGAUAUUGGUGCCUGGUACGGGAUAUUACGAGCGAUUACAUACGCAGCAGUAGUUUCAAACGGAUUUGUAAUCGCCUAUACUAGUGAUUUUAUUCCAAGGAUGGUUUAUCAAUAUAAAUAUUCGGAAUCAUUCAAUUUAACUGGUUACAUAGAUGCUUCCCUUUCAGUUUUCAAUACCACUCACUAUAGAGAAGAUAUGAAAGGUGACGAAAAGCAUCCCCCGGAAACGUGCCAAUAUAGAGGUUAUAGAAAUGGUCCGGACGAAGCAGAUCCUUAUGGUUUAAGUCCUCAGUAUUGGCACGUAUUUGCUGCAAGAUUAGCGUUUGUGGUAGUUUUUGAGCACGUGGUUUUUGCUUUGGUCGGAAUAAUGCAAUACGUAAUACCAGAUAUUCCUUCUGAACUCAAAACGCAAAUACAAAGGGAGGCUUUGUUAGCUAAAGAAGCCAAAUAUGAACACGGUUUAAAAAAGAGUGAAUACGAUUAUGAGGAACUGAUGCAAACAUUCAGAGAUAACAACAAUACUUCUCGAAAUGAAAAUAAAGCUGGUCUUAGAGGCUCAUGGGCGAGAAGAUUGAGCCGACUUUCUGAUGGAUUGGAUGCACACGUAGAAAUAAUAAGUCGAAAAAAGAAUUCCGUGGAAAAUACAGUUUGGGAAGCAUCUUAUUGAUAUUUACUGAUAUUAUUUAGUUGUAAAUGUUUUUUACUGUGUCUAAUGUGUAUAAAUUGUUUUUUU